AUGGGUGAUAUUGGAAGCGCAGAGACAUCUAAUUUUCCAACUUCAAACUAUCGUAGUGUUAUGCUCCGUGCCAUUUCCUCCAACACCCGUUCCAGAAAUAUUCAAGAGUCAGACAACUACUGGAGGAUGGUCGCACCAGGUCAAAAGGAACCAGUGUAUUACCUGUGCAAGCCUGGCUAUACAAACAAUGGCGUGUCCGUCUUUGUCUAUUUAGACGCUUUCUAUUACGUUGAUUGUCAGCUAGAUCCCUUCAAAAAAAUCGCUCAGGAGCCUUGUUUCUGGGAUGAGGAGUGUUUGUCCAACUCCUGUGUCACUCCUGACUUCCAGCUGACCCCACUUCCACCAGACUGUCAUUGUCCGCUGCCAGAAGAGAUUACAUGUCAGCAGUUACGGAACAGGGACAUAUGCCUUUCCAACUCACACGUGUUCGUGUAUACCCUCUACGUCGGGAGUAGCCUGUGUGUCUGUAUAAACCCGUUGUCGACUUGUGUUGCUACUGCCACCACUACGUCAACUCCGUCCAUGACCUCAACCAGCCUGGAAAGUACUAGUACUAGUACGACUAUUAAAGAUCUUUCAACCACAACCACGGUGAAGACUAGUACAACCACGCUUUCCACGACAACAACUGUUCUCAAUGAAGAAAUAAGCACUAGUUCUACUCCUACUCACACGGAGUCGACAGCUUCACCAACUUCAACCACAAAUGAGAUUAGAACGACCACUAACUCCCCUUCGACAACCGUUAUAAGUGAAGCAACCACAACGACUAUGGGAAGCACGACUUCCAUCACUUCUACAAAAUCAACAAGCGUGCCGCCUACAAAGUCUCCUACCACUACCUCCUCCACCAUAACCACAACAGAGGACAGUAGCCCUACAUCUAGUAGAGAAACCACAAGUACAACAAAUUACAUCAGCACAUCAGCGCCCAGUGCAGAGAGCAAAACCACCUCAUCUGUCCCAACGCCGCCCAAAACCACAAACAUAGCAAAAGAGGUAACAAAUCCAACGACCUCCAAGCCCGGAGUCUUUCCCACCGCUGCCACCAUUUACCCUCCGACGACCGACGCUACGAACGUCGAUGCUACAUCAUCCGGUCCAAAUGGGAAAGCCUCAUCAGUGCCUUCUACUGCCUCAGACCCGUCGGGAACGCUUCCUGCUGCUUCAGGAAGUACCUCGAGCUUCACCACGACCUUGGCAGAGACCCAGGAGACGUCGGGAGGGAGUUACAGAGGAAGUCAAGGAUACUUCAGUGUUAUCAACAGUCGCAUGUAUCCAAUCUGGAUACACAGACCGUCAGCGCACGGAAGUAAUGGACUCAUAUGUGUCUACUUUAUAUUGUCGUCAAGGAUGAGUAUCCUUGGUUUGGAUGAUUCGUUCCUGUGUCAAUGGACAUGUACUCCACAAGCAGGGGCAGUAGCUUAUGGAGUGUGCAAGACGGGGACAUACAACCAGCUCCUCAAUACCUACAUCAUCAACGCUACUUGUGAUGGAAAGGACUGGACGAUUGACCAUAGCUGCACCGAGGACCUGCAGAGACAACCAGGCGACACUUGCUGGUUAGAGGGACAGUGCAGUAGUUUCUGCUUCUUCCCGCACACUCAAGAGCUCAUGGCAAAGUCGUGGUGCGAGUGUAGCGAGAAGAACAUGUGGCAAUGCGAGGUGGUCCUGCCGGGAGCGACGUGCGUUGAGUUCUCAGUGCUGUACUAUCUUUACGUCGAGAAUGGAUUCUACUGCAGAUGUACUCAGCCUGCUUCAUACUGCUCCUUUACAACUACUCAGACAACAACAGAUGGCAUUUCGACGUCUGCUUCUACUACUCCGAUAAUUUCUGACCUAACAACGACUUCUACGCCUGCUCCUACUACCGUAUCUGGUAUGACCACGACCCCGGGGCAGAGUUCUUCCAGUGAAAUUCCUCAGACGACUUUGGUAAAACAGCCAGCACUUAAUUCACGCGUUUCUUCAGUUUCUACGCAACGUCUGAUGUCUACUACUUCAUCAGAUACAUCCACUGCCCCGCCAACAUCCACUACAUCAGCCAUUUCUACCUCUACAAUCCCAGCAACGUCUGACGAAGCUACUACACACAUGAUCUUGACAACAGCUUCGAGCAUGCCUACAGCACAUCCAUCUUCUACACCAACAACCUCCACUCCUAAACCACCCAUCAGCACAUCUACCUCAUCUCCAACACCCACUACAACAGCGACAACCACUUCUCCAACAGUGACCACCACUAAACCAGCGUCCACAUUCCCCGAGUCGUCCACUAAAACCCCAUUAACUACCACGCCAAUAACAUCUACGUUACGAGAGGAAGCCAGUAAAUCCGCCACAUCCACUACAUCAACAUCCAUGUCUCCAACGUCGACUACACCUGCAAUAUCCACUCUGACAACCACUUCCCCAAAGUCCACAACUGUUCUGCCAGCAAUUGCGUCUGCAACAUCCAACAUUCCCUCACCAACUACAUCCACAUCCAACAUUCCAGCUGCAACCACAACAUCCAACAUCCCAUCUACAGUCACAACAUCCAACAUUCCAACUGCAACCACAUCCAACAUUCCAACUACAACCACAUCCAACAUUCCAACUGCAACCACAUCCAACAUUCCAACUACAACCACAUCCAACAUUCCAACUGCAACCACAUCCAACAUUCCAACCACAACCACAUCCAACAUUCCAACCACAUCCAACAUUCCAACCACAACCACAUCCAACAUUCCAACCACAACCUCCAACAUCCCCUCACCAACCACAACAUCUGCUGUGGACAAAGCAUCCUCAUCAACUUCUUUACCACCAUCAUCCAGCACAUCCAAACACAUCACUACGGAUUCUACAACAUCCACCCUAUCCCCAACUACAACCCAGACAACUACAACAACCUCAGAGGCUACAGCAACGCCUCCCGCUACAACCUCACAGGCUACAACGACUUCACCCGCUACAACCUCACAGGCUACAACGACUUCACCCGCUACAACCUCACAGGCUACAACGACUUCACCCGCUACAACCUCACAGGCUACAACCCAACCGGACGACUUCACCCGCUACAACCUCACAGGCUACAACGACUUCACCCGCUACAACCUCACAGGCUACAACGACUUCACCCGCUACAACCUCACAGGCUACAGCAACGUCUCCCGCGAGCCUCUUGGAACGACCUCGGCACCACACGGCAGUUCCCUCCAGACGACGACCAGUGGCCCAGGUCAGACCACACGGACCACAUUAGCGUUUAGUGAUGUGCCAACAACGGCCAAGACCACAAGUCAAGCUGUCACGGUCUUGGCCAUGAGUUCCAGGACCAGUAGUACUAGUGGGAUUACCGCCGCUAGUUCUAGUAAUCAGGCCAUGAUAGGUAGCACCACUAGCUUGACUGAUGCAACUGGUACUGACUGCCAGACCAGCCUUAUAAGCGCUACUAGUCAGACCUCAACUGCCAGUGUUGCCAACCAGAGCUCAACUAUCAGUGUUGCCAACCAGAGCUCAACUGCCAGUGUUGCCAACCAGACGACAACUCCUAGUGUUACAAACGAGACCACAACGGCCAGCUCUACAAGUCAGACCACUAUAGACAGUAUUGCCAACCAAACUUUUACUAACAGUAUUGCCAGUCAGGUCACUACAACCAGUCUUACCUACCAGACCACAACGGACAGUGCUAACAACCAAAUCACAACUGACAGUGUUGCCAACCAAACCACAACGGACAGUGUUACCAAUGAAACCAUAACAGCCAGUGUUGCCAACCAACCCACAUCGAGCAGUGUUGCCAACCAAACCACAACAGUCAGUGUUGCCAACCAACGCACAACGAACAGUAUGAACAAUAAUGUCACGGAGAAUACCUUAGGCCAUACCAGUUUGGCCACUAAUGCCACUGAGGCUAUUUCAGAUUCAAGUCUAUACUCUACAACCUCUGGCCAUCAAAUAAAUGCUACAAGGCAGUGGAUUGUUCUGUAUAGGGUGGACUCUCAUAGCCUUUGA